AUGUCUGCCGAAGGCGCUUCUUCAUCGCCCAUCCUCAUCGAGGAUCUCAAGAAGAUCACUACGGAGGCCUGCGAGAAUGCCCUCCAGACCAGCCAGAACUAUGAGCACGACAAUGUCGGGGACUGGAACUCCCAGAUUAUUAACACUAUCCUCAAGGCCCUGAUCACCGCCACCGCACCCACUGAAGCCUCCAAGCCCCCUCCCUAUCGCUUUACCGUGAACAGCACAAUCGUGCAGCAGGGCGUGAUUGACCCCUCCGUCGCCGCGGAUGGCGCACUCAGCAAUGCCGGCAAGCGUGGUAUGCAUUCCGCCUCUGGGGCGUUCUGGGAUGUCAACCGCGACGGUAUGUGGACUUUCAAGUACACUGGUGCUGAGGAGCGGGGGAUGGAUGUUGUUGUUUGUGUGACGUGGUUUUCCGUCGUAUAA